GAGAGAACUCGCAUUGUGGCAUUCAUAGGCAGACAGUGCAACCGCUAGCACCUCUGCAUCGAGUUUCCCCUGUGCGCUCCAAUCACUGUCCAUGGAAAAGGGCUAAUUCAUAUUUUAAGCGAAGGAUUCCGUCAAGAUUCCGAUUCAACAAGUCAUCAGAGAGUGGGAGAGCAAGAAAAGCACAAAAAAAGAGAGCAAGAAGGAAUUGCAACAAGGAGGACAGGAGGAAGGAACUGAGAGACAGACAUCACCUCUUGCGAUCUACCCCUCAGUUAAAGGAGAGAGAGAAAGAGAGGACAGGAGGGAAAGACGGAAGCCGCUGGGAUAUUCGUUUUUUUCUUUCGUUUUGUUUUUUUCUUUUUUCUCAUUGUGGUUCUUGGAGGCACAUCUUCUUUUCAACUGUUUGCGCUCUCUAUCAUAUGCCUCCUGAUUUAUUUCUCCAUCUACAUGGUGUACAAUUUUGUCUACUUAUGACACACACUGGAGCAGGGAAAGAAGGGGAGAGGGGCUUUUUUCCGUUCUUCCCUUUCAUUCGCUUUCCUGUGGUCCUUGGUUCUGACUUUGCUCCGACUUCACUUCUCCAUCAGUCCCUCCUUCCCAUCUCCGGUCGGACCAUCCCUCUUUCCAUCCAUCCUGCCCCCUCCAACAAAAAAACUCUGGCAUUCAAUGAAUGAAAGUUGGACAGAAUUCUUAAAAAAAGAGCAACUACAGUCUACCACAUUCCUCUUCUUUUAGUUGUACCAUCCCUUCUUUUUCCCCUCUUUUCCGUUUUUCCUUCCCUUGGUCCUCCACUACCUGUCCUUUCACAUCACUCCUUUUUUUCCGGAUGCUUUAAAGUUCCUCUAGGACAUCGUUGGAAAACCCAUGAUUUGGCUCUAUGGACAUGUCAGUGGAGAUUCUCUUGUGUUUUCUCUGUCCCAUUUGUCCAUCACCCAGAUAUCAGUGAGACACUUCAGAAAAGGUUGCAAUGUGAUGCAAUAAGAAGCAGUGGAGGAUGCAGGUGGGGAUCUUCAGAGAGAUCUGACCGACAGCCAGAGACCUUCUCCGGUGAAGAUCUAAAUACAUAUCUGUUCUUCUUCAAAAAGAGUAUCAUUCUAAGAUACAAAGAAAGAAACCAAAAGGACAGAAUUCACCGUCAGCUGCUCGCAAACUUUCAUUUAUCGGCUCACUAGAGUGUUGACCCGUCAUUUUUUUUUCUUUCUUUUUUGUUUUUGUUUUUAAGAAGAUGAUGCCACCAGAGACAUAAGCCUCAGGAGUGCUAUCCAGAGCAUUUAAAUGCAUUUUUGUAUGUCCAUUUUUACUAAACAAGACAAACAUUUGUAGUUAAAUAUUUUAUUUAUCAUUUACUGAUCUGAUUUGUGAGUUAGACAGAGCAGCUUUUUUCUUUGGUCAUUGGACUCAAAUAAUCUGGAUCUACAGAUCAAUCUAGGGUCCAUCCAGAACCAUUUUCCUUUUACACCAAUCCUUCCUUCCUUCCUUUCUGUGGUCACCCUUGUGCUGCUUUAUCCAUUUGUCAUCCCUCCAUCUGAGGCUAUGAGAGGAAGAGAGGAGACCCAGCUCAAACCAUCAUGCCAGAGUUGAGCAGAGAGGAUGGCAGUUGGGCUGGCAAUGUUCAAGGGACUGCGUCUUCACUUCACUGCCAUGCUUGUCAGCCUCAGCCUCUUUCCCUCCUUCCGCCGUACCCUCUCCACGCCCUCGGUCCUCCCUUCACCUUCCAGACUCUCUCUUCUGUUUUUUGUGCUCCUCCUGACGUUGCUCCCAGCUUGCGAGUCACGACGGGGCGGUGGAGGCAUGGCUGGGGGUGUGGCCACUGGCAACAUCAUUGGGCCUCCCCAUUACUCACCACCAAAUCCGGUGGCAUCAGUGCCCAAGUUGGCGCAGGGCCUUAGCAUUGCCGUGGUGCUUGUGGGCAACUCGAGUGAGGUGGUGCUGGCUGAAGGCCUGGAGAAGGAGGAUUUCCUGCAUGUACCGCUGGCACCCAAGCUCGACCUGGUCACCAUGAAUGAAACUGACCCAAAAAGCAUCAUCACGCGCAUAUGUGCGCUCAUGUCCCGCCACUGGCUCCAGGGUGUUGUGUUUGGAGAUGACACCGACCAUGAGGCCAUCGCCCAGAUCCUUGACUUCAUCUCAGCGCAGACCCACAUCCCAAUCCUGGGCAUCCGUGGAGGCUCCUCCAUGAUCAUGGCUGCCAAGGACGACAACUCCAUGUUCUUCCAGUUCGGGCCGUCUAUAGAGCAGCAGGCCUCCGUCAUGCUCAACAUCAUGGAGGAGUACGACUGGUACAUCUUCUCCAUCGUCACUACCUACUACCCCGGAUACCAGGACUUCGUCAACAGGAUCCGGAGUACCGUAGAGAAUAGCUUUGUGGGCUGGGAGCUGGAGGAGGUGUUGCUGCUCGAUAUGUCAGAGGACGAUGGCGACUCUAAGAUUCAGAACCAGAUGAAGAAGCUCCAGAGCCCUGUUAUACUGCUCUACUGCACUAAAGAAGAAGCCAGCACCAUUUUUGAGGUGGCACACUCUGUAGGCCUCACUGGAUAUGGUUACACCUGGAUUGUACCAGCGCUGGUCGCGGGGGACGCCGAUAUUGUGCCCAAUGUCUAUCCUACAGGUCUGAUCUCAGUGUCUUAUGAUGAGUGGGACUAUGGACUGGAGGCCCGUGUGCGUGAUGCCGUGGCAAUCAUCGCCAUGGCAACCUCCACUAUGAUGUUGGACAGAGGUCCCCACACACUGCUGAAGUCAGGUUGCCACGGUGCACCUGAAAAGAAAGGCCCGAAGGGGGGGAAUCCCAACGAAGUCCUGAGAUACCUCAUGAACGUGACAUUCGAGGGGCGCAAUCUCUCCUUCAGCGAGGAUGGCUACCAAAUGCACCCUAAGCUGGUUAUUAUUUUGCUGGAUAAGCAGAGACAGUGGGACAGGGUGGGUAAGUGGGAGAAUGGUUCGCUGACCAUGAAGUACCAUGUGUGGCCACGCUUUGAGCUCUAUUCAGACGCAGAAGAAAGGGAUGAUGACCACCUGUCUAUCGUCACACUGGAGGAGGCCCCGUUUGUCAUCGUGGAGGAUGUGGACCCCCUCAGCGGCACCUGCAUGAGGAACACGGUUCCCUGCAGAAAACAGCUCAAAGCCCAAAACCAAACAGGAGAUUCAGGGAUCUAUAUCAAGCGCUGUUGCAAGGGCUUCUGCAUAGACAUCCUCAAAAAGAUCGCUAAAUCUGUGAAGUUCACCUACGACCUCUACCUAGUGACCAACGGGAAACACGGCAAGAAGAUCAAUGGCACGUGGAACGGCAUGGUGGGCGAGGUGGUGUUAAAGAACGCUCACAUGGCAGUAGGCUCUCUGACCAUCAACGAGGAGAGGUCAGAGGUCAUUGACUUCUCCGUUCCCUUCAUAGAGACGGGCAUUAGUGUCAUGGUCUCACGUAGCAAUGGCACCGUGUCUCCUUCUGCAUUUCUAGAGCCCUUCAGUGCUGAUGUGUGGGUGAUGAUGUUUGUGAUGCUGCUUAUCGUAUCUGCUGUUGCCGUCUUUGUCUUCGAGUACUUCAGUCCAGUCGGCUAUAACCGAUGUCUGGCGGAUGGACGAGAGCCUGGUGGUCCCUCGUUCACAAUUGGGAAGGCCAUAUGGCUGCUCUGGGGUUUAGUCUUCAACAACUCUGUGCCUGUACAAAACCCCAAAGGCACCACCAGUAAGAUAAUGGUAUCAGUGUGGGCCUUCUUCGCUGUCAUCUUCCUGGCCAGUUACACUGCCAACCUGGCUGCCUUCAUGAUCCAAGAGGAAUACGUUGACCAGGUGUCUGGCCUCAGCGAUAAGAAGUUCCAACGGCCAAAUGACUUUUCUCCGCCGUUUCGUUUUGGCACGGUUCCCAAUGGCAGCACGGAGAGGAACAUUAGGAAUAACUACAAAGAGAUGCACAGCUACAUGACCAGCUUCCACCAGAAAAAUGUAGACGAGGCCCUCCAUAGCCUGAAAUCUGGAAAAUUGGAUGCAUUUAUCUAUGAUGCUGCUGUGUUGAACUACAUGGCAGGCAGAGAUGAGGGCUGCAAGCUUGUGACAAUCGGUAGUGGUUAUAUCUUUGCUACUACAGGCUACGGUAUCGCCAUCCAGAAGGAUUCAGGGUGGAAGAGACCUGUGGACCUUGCCAUUCUGCAGCUGUUUGGAGAUGGUGAGAUGGAAGAGCUGGAGGCAUUGUGGUUGACUGGGAUUUGUCACAAUGAGAAGAACGAGGUGAUGAGCAGCCAGCUGGAUGUUGACAACAUGGCUGGUGUCUUCUACAUGCUGGGGGCGGCCAUGGCGUUGUCGCUCAUCACCUUCAUAGCUGAGCACCUGUUCUACUGGCAGCUACGCUUCUGCUUUAUGGGCGUGUGUACGGGCAAGCCUGGCAUCACCUUCUCUAUUAGCAGGGGCAUCUACAGCUGCAUCCAUGGUGUUCAGAUCGAGGAGAACAAAUCAGGCCUCAACUCUCCGUCAGCCACCAUGAACAUGAACAUGAACAACACCCACUCCAACAUUCUUCGCUUGCUGCGCACAGCCAAAAACAUGACCUCUGUGCCUGGGGUCAAUGGCUCCCCCCACAGUGCCCUGGACUAUGGUCACCGUGAGUCAACUGUCUACGACAUCAGUGAGCAUCGACGCAGUCUGGCAGGGCACAGUGACUGCAAGCCCCCACCUCCAUAUCUGCCAGAAGAUAAUAUGUUCAGCGACUAUGUGAGUGAUGUGGAGAGGACUUUUGGGAACAUGCACCUGAAGGACAGUAACCUCUACCAGGAUCAUUACCUGCACCACCAUGGGGGCACGGGAUCCGGACUGGCUCUGGGUAUGUCGGGUCCCUUGCCUAACCGACCUCGUAGCUUAGGCAGUGCCAGCUCGUUGGAGGGAGGGAUGUACGAUUGUGACAGUUUAGGGGGAGGGGUAGCGCCUAUUUUCACCACCCAGCCCCGCCAGUCACUGACACACAGGAACAGGGAAAAGUUUGACUUGAUUGCAGGUCACCCCACCCAGUCGAGCUUCAAGUCUGGCCUGCCUGAUCUAUAUGGGAAGUUUUCCUUCAAAGGUGGGGCAUCCAGUUCAGGUUUUAUUGCGGGACAUGACAGGUACUGUGGGGGAGGAGGGGCGGGCUCGGGAGGGGACGACGGAAAUAUUCGUUCUGAUGUGUCCGAUAUUUCAACUCACACCGUGACGUAUGGGAAUCUUGAGGGCAAUGCUAAGCGACGCAAGCAGUACAGAGACAGCCUGAAAAAAAGACCAGCAUCUGCUAAGUCACGCAGAGAGCAGGAUGAAAUUGAGCUGGGCUUCCGGAGGCGCACCCACCACACCAUCCACCACCACCACCACCAUCAUCCUGUUACACAAGGGCACCGUUCAGCUACUCCACCUGUGGAACGAAAGAGCCUGAGAGGGGGCAACACUGCAUACAUGUUCCGUGACAAAGAUAAUCUGAGGGACUUCUACAUAGACCAGUUCCGAUCCAAGGAAGGGGCAUCCCAAUGGGAACACUUGGAUUUGAGUGACACUCCUGGAAUGGGUGGCGGAGGGGGUCUGGGUGGGGGCGGAUGUGGCGGCAUAGUCAGCAGUGGUGGUGGCGGGGGAGCGUGCACUAGUUUGGUUCCUGUGGACGAUUUCUUGAAAGGUAAAUCCAAGAAGACAGAGUGUAAGGGUGGAGUGGGAGGAUCUCCUGGGCAGCAGGGCCAUGCAUGCUGGGAAAAGAACAUUGGAGGGGUGGGGGGUUUGGCUGGAGGGGAUUGGGAAUGCCGUAACUGCCAUAGUGGAGGCAACAAGCCUGUUUGCAUGCAUGGGGGAGGAGGGGGUGUAGGGGGAUCAAGUGGAGGAGGUGGGGGUAGUGGACAAGCUUCCAGCCGGCCAAGCUCAGCUACUUGCAAGCGAUGCGAUUCAUGCAAGAAGCCUGGCAACUUAUAUGACAUCAGUGAGGACAACCACCUCCUCCUGGAUCAGAUAGGGAGCAAGUUCCCUCUGGAAGGUGGGAAGGGAGGUGGUGGAGGUGGAGGGGCCCAAACCCAGGUGCAGAGGCGUAAGUUUGGCCCAGGGGGCAGGGUGUUGCGUAGGCAGCAUUCCUAUGACACAUUUGUAGACCUGCAGAAAGAAGGGACGGGUAGGAUGGGAGGCUCUGGAGGGUUUGGAGGAGCAUCUAUGCUUCCUCAACCCCGGAGUGUGAGCCUGAAAGACAAAGAUCGCUACAUGGAAGGUGCGAGCCCAUAUGCCCAAAUGUUUGAGCGGUACAUGGGAGGUGAGCGGGAGACUACGUUUAUUAGUGGUGGGGACCGGGGGAAAGGAGGUGGAUCUUCGUUUAAUUUAUUCCGUGGGGGUGAGGGUGGGUUGCACCGUCGCUCAGUAGGUGAAAAAGACAUGAGGGACAGGGAUAGAGGCAUGAUGGGAGGAGGUAUGGGAGGUACCCGAGGGGUUGGGACUUACUCCUUGUCUAAAUCUCUCUACCCAGAUAAGGUGAACCAGAACCCAUUCAUCCCAACCUUCGGCGAUGACCAGUGCCUAUUACAUGGCGCCAAAUCGUACUACGUCAAAAAGCAGCAGGCACAGCCACAGCAGCAACAGACGCAACAGCAGCAACAGCUCCUCAACAACAACAACCGGGCAGACUUCCGCGGCUCCAUGGGGGUGACUUCUUAUUUGCCAGCCUCUGCCUCUGCCGGGGUUUUGUCCAACGUGGGACCCCGUUUUCCCAAGGAGCUGUGCCUGGGUGGGCCCCUUAGCAACCACCAUGGAGGGGCAGCAGGCAACAACAAGCUGCUGUCAGCAAGGGACGGGUUAGGGAUGGGGCAAGGACAGAGACCUUUCAAUGGCUCAAGUAACGGACAUGUAUAUGAGAAGCUGUCCAGCAUUGAAUCUGAUGUCUGAUGUUUAAGGGCAAGUGAGAGACAGAGGCAGAAAGAGAGAAAUGGAAGGAGAGAAAUGGAAAUUCAAAGACAAAUAGGCAGCAGACUAAGGUAAUGACCAACAGAUUGUGUCUACUUUGUAAUUUUGCUUUCAAAACCAAGAAAGCAAGCAAGAAGAACUGAUCUAUGCUUGACAUAUGCGGACAUACCACUGUUGGAUCACUGUAAAUAGAAAGAGGGGACAUGCUGACAAGACAAAAGCUCAGACAAGAUAGUCACAACCUCAGUAUAUCCCUCAAUUUUAUCCACUCUUCUUUUUAUUAUCCCUUCUAUUUUUCUGCUCCUUAUACCAAAACACAAUGUCUGAUUCAGCUUAGGUGCAGAUACAUGGUACAAUCGUGACGAGAAAUCAGUUAUUGUCUAGAAACAACAGGGUAAACCUUACAAUAAUUGUAUUGAUGAUGUUAACAAUAAUAUUAUUAGAUAUGAUUAUAAUGUUUAUGAUAUUCAGUUUGGGAUUGAUUUCUGUAUGUUAUAUGCUGUAAUAUCUUUGUACUUUGCUUACAAUUCUUUGUUAGCAUACUACUUUGGAGAGAAUUCUUAUUUCAUCAUGGGUUGUCAUUUGAUCCUAUGUCAACUGAGCUUGCAUUGUCUUACAUCACCAUGCCAUUAUGCCCUGAUCUGGAAAUCCAGGACCGCCAGGGACAAUGCCGUGCUGGAAAAAAUGUAGACACACUUGUUUUCCUUUCAGCUUUACUUACUAUUAAUUAUUCAUGUUUAUUUCAUUUAUUGAGUGCUGUAAUAUUAUAUGUAAAAGGCAUGAUUUGCAAAGUACUUCAGUUGUACUCGAGAUAUUGUGCUGAAAGACAAUUAUUAUGAUCUCUUUUUAUGGCUUUACAAUUUUUAUAAUGUUGCAUUAUUGUCAGUUGAGCGUUGGUUUAGUACACAGCACAUUACGUGCCUUAGCAAGAGUCCCAGAAAUCUAAUUAUACAGGUCAAGUUGCUUUGGCAACCUUCUGGUCACUGCACACAGAUUGGCCAUUGAAUGAAUAUCCAUGAUUCUGGAUUGUCACCUGUGAUAAAGACACCUGAUAUGGAAACACAAUGUCCAAUUAUGUGCAGAGACACAACACAAUCAUAAAUUGUAUGAUUGUGCUGAUGGGUGUAAAUUCAGAUUUAUUGUUUCACAAAAUUAGUUUUGAACUGAAUUUGCACAGCUCUUUUGAAACCUGUUCUGUAGAUAAUAAUGCAUUAAUUAGUGCAUUUAUUAGAUUUAAUCAGACAAGAGAUAUUCCUGGGAUAUUCCUUGAGCUGCAGGGUGUUAAGUUCAAAUACUGGACAAAACAAACAUUAAUCAAUUAGUUUCAAAUCUAAUAAUUUUU